AUGUUAUACAGAAAAAUUAUUGUUAUGCACUUUCAUCGACGACGGAUAAUCUUUACUUCUAUGUGUAUGUGCUACUAUGUAAUUCAUGUUCAAAGAAAAGGAAAAGGAAGGCCAAUAAACAUUAAGAAGAUGGUAGUAGCCCUAGAACUAGAUCAUCAAAAUGUAGGCGGUGAUCACGCGUUGAAUGUUCUGCGGGAUGUCUUUGCAGGGCAGCUAGCGAGCGAGAAGAACUUUGCCAAGCGAGUAGGGGAGCGAAUCGACGAAUUCAACCGCAAACUUCCAGGAGGAGCAGCAGAAAAGCUUGAACUGAGGGACGAGUUGGAGAGGCAGAGGGCAUUGCGUGGAGCGCUCUAUGAGUUGAAGCAGGCGCAAAAACUCACGCAGGAAUACAGCCAGAUUGUGGCACCUGCGCAUCAAGCAGCGAAGUCCAUCAUCGUGAAAAGCGCAGAAGGCGUCGAUGAGCGUGCCGAUGGCGGCAACGCUCAAGAUCAAGGAGGAGUAGAUUCGAAAGCGUCUGGCGUCGACGGGGGUGCCGAUGGCGGCAACGCUCAAGAUCAAGGAGUAGAAGCGUCUGGCGAUUCUGCCGAAAAGAGAAAGCUGAUUGAAAAAACGAUGCCUUAUGCAACAAGGGUUCUGAACCGAAUACGCGAUCAUUUGUUAAACAUUUACGAGGAUGUACUACACGGGUUCGAUGAUGACACACACACAGACACUCCACCAAGUCCAGUAGAUCAUGAACAAGGAAAUCCAACAGCUGAUGCUUGAUGUCGUUGUGAGUGUGAAUACGACUUCUCAUGAUUAUACAUAGAAGUCGUUCAAAGUCGUGGAGGAAAUAAUGCUUCAUGCUUCAACUUCAAGCGCUAGGGCUAGUGAAAUUUCUCGUGCGAGAAGGAAU